UCUAUAAAUACAUCACGAGAAAAUUCUCUUGGCAAAGAGGAAAAACAAGACAUUGCCGGUGCAUUCGUGUCUCUGUGGAGGAAACGUUGAAGAGAAAACAUCAAACACGCUGCUUACUCGGAUAAAAAUAGACAGAUGGUUCUUGAUUGUUCGAGAGACUUCUAGAUUUUCGUCAUUUUUCCGAAUUUCAUCAAUUAUUAUAAAAGUGAAAUCAGUCACAAGAGACUUUUAUUGAAGAAAAAAAGCAACAAGAAGAAUUUUCAUUGAAAAUUAGGUCAAAUUUAUUCCAUAUUAAGAGAAAUUACAUACAAAGCAAGUAAAAGAAAAUGGUUGAAACAAAAAAAGUUGAACAGAUCGAGGAUCCGCUCGUGUGGAAAGAUCGCGGAAAUCAAGCUUUCAAAGAUGGCUAUUGGGAGGAAGCUAUCGAAUAUUACACGCAAGCCAUCAAAACUGGCGAAAAACACAAAGAACUUCCCGUUUUCUACAAAAAUCGUGCACAGUGUCACUUGAAACUCGAAGAUUGGGAAAAGGCAGUGAAAGAUUGCGACAAAGCCCUCGAGCAUGGACCUAAAGACCCGAAAGCACUGUGGCGUCGUUGUCAAGCGUUGGAAAAGCUCGAACGUUUCGAGGAAUCGUAUCGUGAUGCGCGUGGCGUCUUAGAUGCCGAUCCAUCGAACAAAAUAAUUAAACCCGUGUUGGAACGCUUGCACGUAAUUGUGCAAGAGCGAUCGAGGCAACGCGCCCAAACCUCCAACAAGGUCGAACAAAUGUUCUCAAUCGCUUUUGACAUCGAAAAAGACAUGGAAAAACGAAAAACCGCAAUGUCAAAUUGUGUGGUUUUGUCUCGGGAGAAAGCUGGCGCCGAAAUUAUGUUCAAAGAAGGUGUUUUGCAGAAAAUUGGACGUUUGGUGAAGGUUGAGAAGAACAACGAGAUCAUCCUGAAUGCAAUUCGAACAAUCACAAACUUGUGUAAAGACUCGUUGGAGCGAACAAAAGCUGCAAUUACUGAAUUGGGCAUCAUGUGGUUCGUUAAGAUGCUGAAUUCGGACGACGAUGAUCGAACAUGUGCUGCGGAAUAUUGCAUGCAAACCGUUUUGAACUCGUACAGUGGUAUGGAUACAAAAGAAGACACAAAACCGAAGAAAGUUGUCGAGGAGAACAAAAAGGACAUUGAUUUCUUACUUACGUGUCUCGUGCAUGCCAUUAACGAUCCAAUUUUGAAAGGAAAGGCACGUGAUGCCUGCGUUGAACUCGUUACGAAGAACAUUCAUUACAAAUAUUUGGAUUGGGCGGAAAAUUUGAUCAAUAUCGGCGGUGUUCAUCGCUUGUUAGACGUUUGCAGUGAACUUGAAGAGUACACGUAUGAAAGUGCGAUGCCAAUUACGCCUUCAUCUCGUACCAUUGCCGGCGUUUGUCUCGCUCGGAUCUACGAAAAUUGCUGGUAUGACGCCUUGAAGCAGAAAUUCUUGGAAAAAAUCAACGAUUUCGUCAAAGACAAGUUGUUAGAUCCGAGUCUCGAGUCGAAAGUACGUGUAACAGUCGCCGUCACAGCUUUACUGCAAGGUCCCUUGGAUGUCGGCAAACAAGUUAUCCAAAAAGAAGGCAUCAUGCAGAUGAUUCUCGCAAUGGCAACCAUGGAAGAUGACAUUUUACAGCAAAAAGUCGCCGUGGAAUGCAUCAUCGCAGCUGCUUCCAAGAAAGAUACUGCCAAAUCGCUUGUCCAAACAGGCAUGGAAAUCCUCAAAAAGUUGUAUCACUCAAAGGACGAAGGAAUUCGCGUUCGUGCACUUGUUGGUCUCAGUAAAAUGGGCAGUUCAGGCGGCACAGAUGCCUCAAUUCGUCCCAUGGCAGAUGGCUCAACGAAAAAACUCGCCGAAGCGUGUCGACGUUUCUUAGUAAAGCCCGGAAAAGACAAGGAUAUUCGCAAAUGGGCUGCCGAAGGUCUUUCUUAUUUGACACUUGAUGCCGAUGUCAAGGAAAAACUCAUCGAAGAUCGUCCUGCGUUGCGUGCCUUACUCGAACUGGCCAAAACUGGCGAUCAAUCUUGCUUAUAUGGCGUCGUUACAACGCUAGUUAAUCUCGUAAAUGCCUACGAGAAGCAAGAAAUUUUGCCCGAGUUGAAACAACUUGCUGAAUAUGCGAAACAUCACAUCCCGGAGGAGCAUGAACUUGAUGAUCCUGAUUUUGUGGCGAAACGUUGCAUUAUUCUCGCCAAAGAAGGUGUCACGAGCUCGCUUGUUGCUUUGUGCAAAACCGAAAGUGAUAAUUCACGAGAGCUUAUUUCGCGUGUUUUUAAUGCGAUUGCUGCCGAACAAGAAAAUCGCGGUUUAAUUGUGCAACAAGGAGGUGCCAAAGUUUUGAUAAAUCUCGCACUUAAAGGAACUGCGAAGGGAAAAUCGCAUGCCGGACAAGCAUUAUCCCGUCUUGGAAUCACAAUAAAUCCCGAAAUUGCCUUCCCCGGGCAACGAUCACUUGAUGUCGUGCGUCCCUUGUUGAAUCAACUGAGUCCCGAUGCAUCAGCUUUGGAGAAUUUCGAAGCUUUGAUGGCUUUGUGUAACCUCGCUGGCAUGAAUGAAACCGUUAGAAAGCGCAUUUUACGUGAACAAGGCUUAUCGAAGAUUGAACAGUACCUCGGCGAAGAUCAUCUCAUGCUGAAUCGGGCUGCGGCGCAAGUUAUGUGCAACAUGGCGCAAUCCGAGGAAGUUGUAAAAGCCUAUGAAGGCGAUAACGAUCGUUUAAAACUUUUGUUCCUCUAUUGCGAAGAAGAAGAUGAAGAAACGGCAAUCGCUGCUUCAGGCGCUCUUGCGAUUUUCACAUCGAUGAGCGACAAAUGCUGCCGAAAACUCCUUCAAGUGCAGCGAUGGUUGGAACUUUUGCGUGUUCUUGUUGCCAAUCCGAGUCCUUCGGUGCAACAUCGAGGAUGUGUGACUAUUUUGAAUUGCAUAAAGGCAGAUAAGGAACUCGCGGAGAAGAUUAUGGACAGCGAUAUCAUGACAAUGUUGAAUGGCUUGACACAAUUUAAUGACGAAAAACGGGCAAAGGCAAUCGAAACAGCACGAGAAAUCCUGAGAGUGUGUGAAGAGAUGAAAAUUAUCGAGGAGAACAAGGAAAUUGAAAAGUUGGAACAAAUGGCGCCGGAUGUCUUCAAAGCAAGACCUUUGGAUGAGGAUUUAGAGUAAAGAGUGCCUUAAAGAAACUUUUUACGUCAAACGUAUUUAUAUUACUUUUAUUGUACUUAAAAUUGUGUUUUUUAGAGUUUUUCAGAUUAGUUUUAAGUUAAUAUGAGAUUUUGUUUGUUUUAAGACACGACACAAUAAUUGUAAAUCAUUAGAUUUUUAUAAAAUAUUUGCAUUCAAAUAAAAAUUUAAACGAUUUUUCAGUACA